AUGCACAUCCCCACCGUCCUCGGCCUCCUGGCCACCUCAUUAACCCUGACCAGCGCCGACGUUGGCCACUUGCUGCUCGGCCUCCACCAUCGCCAGUUUGAAAUCACCGCCCAGCGCUACUCCGAACCCAGCUGCUCCCCUUUAGCCACCAAAUUCUGGUACCCCGAAAACAUCAAAGCCGACACCGGCUGCCACAACUUCUACCCGGCCGGGGAAUUCCAGGCCAUAGGCUGGACCGGCAAUACCAGGCCUGGGUGGCUCUCGAUCGAAGACGACUAUGGUGGUCGUGUCUGCCACGCGUGGACCUACUCGCAGCUGGAUUGCGAAGGCGAAUUCUCCGAGACGAACAUCACAAACACCGAAGCCUACAAAGGCGGUUGCGAAACCGACUUCGUCGACUUCGACGGCAACCCCAUCAAGGCGAUGAGUCUCGAAAUGUACUGCGAGGAGCCGGAGCAGCCAAAGAGAAAGGAUUGGUGGCAUUAG